AGCUGAAAAGAAUGACUUUAUGACGAACACUUCGAAGUUAUUGGACAGUUUGCUCUCCUCUGAAAAUUAUGACAGACAGAUUAGACCAGGAUUUGGAGGAGAGCCGACUACUGUUCUGACAGAUAUAGAGAUAAGAAGUUUCGGUUCAAUAUCGGAAACAGACAUGAUUUUUUCUAUGGAUUGCUACUUUCGUCAAACUUGGUUUGAUCAACGACUGCGGUUUCAAAGUGGAAAUCUGACAGUUUUAUCCAUGGAUUGGAAAUUUUUGCAACGGAUUUGGACACCAGAUACUUAUUUCCUUAACGGAAAAAUUUCAUACUUGCACAAAGUAUCUGCUCCUAACAAGUUCAUAAGAAUCCGAUGUGAUGGCCAGCUGAAAUAUUCAAUGAGGUUAACCAUCCAGACUAAUUGUCCGAUGCAUUUAAGGAAAUAUCCUUUGGACAAACAAGCUUGUCCGCUCUUUAUUGGAAGCUUUGCGUAUACAUCAAAAGAUGUUUUAUACAAGUGGAAUGGACCUCAUCCAGUGGCAGUCGCUGAUGAUGUGACAUUAUCGCAGUAUGAUUAUCUUGAUAUUCAGUUAGCAAAUCAUACAAAAGGAGAAUCAGAAGGUUCUUCUUCACUUACAGCACAAUUUAUUCUAAGAAGGAGAAGAGGAUAUUUUAUCCUACAGAUUUACGCUCCUUGCGCGAUGAUAGUUGGUGCUUCAUGGGUCUCAUUUUGGAUCAACAAAAGUGAUGCUCCUGGUCGAGUGGCUGUUGGAGCAACUACAGUUUUAACUCUUGUAACAAUGGGAUUUGGUGGAAGAUCUUCUUUACCACGAGUUGCUUAUGCUACAGCUAUAGAUUGGUUUGUUAUUUUAUGCUUCUCAUUCGUAUUUGCUGCCAUGGUUGAAUACGCAUGCGUCAAUGUUGUUGACAGAAAUGACUUACUAAAACGGCAAAGGAAGAAGGAGUUCUUGAUGCAACAUGGAAUUUCUGAAGCAGAUGAGCUACCCAAGGAGAACGGUGAAGACACUGAGCUGACUAUAGAAUGUCAGAAUCAUCACAAACCGCCCAUAAAAAACACGCGUAAAUGCCGUUUAUUUCCAGCAAAGAGAAAGAAAACUUAUCGAGAAAUACGUUCGAAGAUGAUGAACAAAUGUUAUCCAGAUAGAGGAAGCCGUAUUGAUGCAUACGCUCGAGUUUUGUUCCCAUGCGCCUUCGCGUUAUUCAAUGUUUUAUAUUGGACGUUAUAUCUUUAUACAAUCGAUGACGAAAUACCGGACAAUCUUUCAAUCUGAGCUUCUUAGAACAAUGCAUUCUUCAAAUAUAUUAUAAUUUCAGACUUCCAUUCAUGUCAGUGUUUGAACGUCUAAUAAUUCGUAGUUUAAUUGGCUGUUUUAUACUUCAUCUCUUUCAUCAUUGGACAUUAAAACAGCAUCUAUUUAGAACAAAGCAACAAAAUAAGGAUAACAUCACUUUAAAAUUAGAAUGAAUUGCGUCUGGAUACGUCAAUAUUUUUGAUAAAUUAUCAUAUUCAGAAAUACUUCCAAUCAACUAAUCGCGUUAACUUCAGUAUAUUAAAAGUAAUUUAUGGAAUAAAGGCUAUAAUUAACAUUUUAAAUUAACUUUAAGCGUCUAUUUUAAAUCCAGUACUGUAGAACAAAAGCACAUAAUAUUCAUCGUGACAUAUAAUCAUCUGAUAUUAUAUUUCUUAGGAGUUCAACUAAAAUUAUGACAACAUUAAUGUACUAUAUAAUUAUAAAAUGCAAUCUGCAUUAUUUUAACUGUUACUGCCACCAAAUUAAGCGCAUGAUACAAUUUUGAUUUCGGAGGUAGAACCAGGCUUACACCGCAGACUUCCCAUAUCACAGUGCAAAUGAAGUCAGAACUAAACAUUUUUCCUCCGAAACAGAUUAAAAUAAUGAUAGAAAAUUCGAUAUGUGCAAUAAUUUGGAAAAAUGAUGAAGUGGAUUGAUUAACUCAUAAUAACUGAUGAGAAUUCUUUUCAGAACAUAUCACUAAGAAAUAUAUGUGACUGUUAAAGGUUUAUUGAAUUAUUUUAGAGAUAGUUGGUGCUUAUAAUUAAAAUAACCUUAGUCAGAGCUGUAGUAGUGUUCGUUCUGAUUGAUGUAUUUCUUUGAAACUUAGUAUAUAAGUUACGUGGAUCACGGUGUAAAAACAACUGUUAUACAAAUAAUUCGAAUUUCAACUUCCAGAUGAAGAGAAGCAUAAAAUACAACUAACGCAAAUUGGAAAAAUAACAUUUUUAUGUGGUUUGGUUUGAUUUAAGGGCGAGGUCCCGAUCUAUCUAACAAAUUAAUGCUUACUCGGAAAGUCGUAUUGAAGACAGCCUUCGCAGAGAUAAAAUGAAGGCCAGCCAUGCUCCCUAUACAUAUUACAGAAAUUUUAAAGACGUAUAAACUGUCUUAAAUUUAAUUACUCAAAUAGUUUUAAAAGUUCAGGAAUAAGGGUGCAACAAAAAAGUUGAAAAAAUAACCAAAAAUAUUACCUAAAAUAGAUCUAUAGGUAUAACCAUUUUACCCAUUAGAUCUGAACGCAUACACACAAACCAAUAGAUAAUGUGAUAUUAAAAUAAUUGGUGUUACAUUAAAUCGAUAACACAGAACUUUGCACGCACACAAUGAAAUGAACAAAAUUAGUAAUACUGGAGUAGCAGUGCUUGAACAACGUUGUAUGCUCAAGCACUUCUACUCCAGUAUUUCUAAUUACUUUCAUUUUUCUCCUGAAAACGCAACUGCUUUCCUAUAAAAUUUUUAUACUGUUUGCUGUUUGUAAUCAGAACUUAAAUCCCUUCCGCUCUACGUUAAUGGUCGUGACUCGACGAAGUGUCGGCUGUCUUCAACAAUAUUACAGUCUUUACAUAGAUUAGAACCACAGAAAAGAAAUCUAUGAAAACAGUCCGAGAACCGUCCAUAAAAGAUAAUAAAUUGGUUUAUUGUCAUAUCUUAAAUUCAUAUCAGAAAUAUAGCAAAUUUCAAUAUGUAUUUCAUUUGCGUCAAUCACAUGUUCAAAGAACAUUCUAGCACAUUCAACAGUAGAGCAGAGGGAUUCUUGAGGAACUGCAGCAACGUUGUAUGUCAUCCUUGCUUUCAGUUCAGUCAGGUCCGUAAAACACAGUCCUUCAGUAAUCCUUAUAACUAGAAAUUACAGGGAAUCAAGUGAUGAGAAUGAGAGACCAGACAUUCAGAAAACUUUUUGAAGUUACACGUUCAAUCUUUAAAGUGAGCACAAAGCAAUUAUUUCACAUGUUGGUGAAUCAGGAAAGUUGCACCAUCUUGCAUGAAGGCAAUAGUCUCUGAAUAUUUUUGGUCUUGCAACGCAGGAAUAAUUUGCUGAUGCAGAAGAUCGCAGUAAUUGGUCUCGUGAUAGUACACAUUCUAAGGGUUUCAGGAGUACACUCCUAUGAACAGAGAAAAACACAUAUAACCACACAAAAAAACUGCAGAUGCUGUUGUUCUCCAGCAAUGGAAAUUCUAGUACUCCAGUAUUUACUACUUCAUCUGGAACAAAACAUGCCUCAUUUGUUCAUAAUAUGUUCCAAAGGCAUGAAUAUCAAUGGCUGUUCUCGCCAAAAAACGCCAAGGGAAACAAUGCGUUAAUAGUCUGUAGGGUACAGCUUUCGCGCCAUGUUGAUCUUAUACAGAUACCAUUUUAAAUGGAUUGCAAAACCUUUCGGACAGUAAACCAAAUGUUAGACAAAUCGCAUGACACCGCUCGAACACUGUUUAUUCUUGUUUUUCUCAGUUCUAUUUUGUUUUGUCGGGCUGGCCUCUAAAAGGCUUUGUGGCUGAAUCGUCGUCCGGGAAAGCUGGGGUAUUCGCCCUUGUAGUAACAUAGUAACCACUCGAACAUUUGUAGAGUAUCAGGAACACAACGCUGUGACAAACACAGCAUUACCGAUUUCUUCCACAGUUUCAUUUGAAAUAUGUUUCUGGAUUUUUCCUAAGAACAUUUGAAAAUAGUCUUCGACAUAUGCCCUUUUAGGAAACCUUUCAAACAUCGAUAUUCUUGAAGUGCAUCUAAACAGUUACUACAAUUAAUUACUGCAGUUCUGAUUAAUAAAGCUUUAUACCUCUUUUACAAAGGUAUGAUGAAUAAUGGUUUUACACCACUGACUAGCAGCGUUUUCAAGAGUUCCUGACUUGCAUAACGUUACUUCUACAUUUUACAAAAAGAGCCACCUAGAGGUCGAAAUCUAAACUAUCACUUUUAUUGCAGUUUCCUUUUUUUCCGUGUUCCAUAUAACUUAUAUAUCACGAUAAAUGAAAUACGUUAACCAGAACAGGCUGUACGAGUUGAGUCACUUUCAUUAUAUCUAUCCUGUUUAAAAUAACAAUAUUACUCUAAUUUUAUACAGAACAGUUCUAAUAAAGUUUCAAGUUAAAGAAGAUCAUAGGCCACAAUUCAAACUAACUCCCGUUCGGUAACCUCAAACAGCUAGAUAAUGCCAACUUAAGCGAUUGAAAAAUUACUUCUGUACUCUAAGAUUUCAUUUAAUUUAUUUUGAUGUGCUGAUUAACAUUCUAAACAAUCUCUGGACAGUUGCUGAAAACUCUGGACAGUCUAUGAACAGAUUAAUAUCUAGACAGUUACUGAUACAAUUGGGAAAACGUUUAUAAAAACUAAAAGCACGAACAAACGUUUUUUCCUUCACACCGGAGUUCUGAAAUGUUCCGCUCAAACUUUCACUUGAAUAAUGGUACAAUGUGUUUAUUUUUGUAAAAUAAUUGAAAUAAACAUUUUACUAUUUUGA